UUCGAACCAACGACUCAACCAGCGCCCACCUAAAUUACUGGUAAUCAAUUGAUCACCUCUAUACACCCCAAGGUCCCCAACGCAGCCCACUUAAUCCAAACCUUACCAAAAACACAAAAUGGCUGCAACCCGCGCUGCGAACCUCGUCGAGCGCGCAAUGGGGCACUCGCACGAGGCAGACAUACACACAGAUAUAAGCAGCUACAACAACGAGUUUGGGACCGAGACCGGCGAGAAGAUCCGGGCUGCGACAUGGAAAGGGAAGAAUGAUGUUGGGAUUGUUGAAAUGCCCAAGCCCCGUGUUGUCGACCCCGGCGAUGUCAUUGUCAAGGUGACCGGUAGUACGAUCUGCGGUAGUGACCUCCACCUUUACCACGGCGUAAUCCCCCAACUGCAAAAGGGCGACGUCCUCGGCCACGAAUGCUGCGGCGUAGUCGAAUCAACGGGUCCCAACGCCACGCGCUUCAAGCCCGGCCAACGCGUCGUCGUCUCGUUCCCCAUCGCCUGCGGAAGCUGCCGACGAUGCAAAGCGCAACUCUACAGCCAAUGCGAAAAGACGAACGAAAACAGCAUCACAAACGCCAUGUACGGCAAGCGCACGGCCGGGAUCUUCGGAUACAGCCACUUCACUGGCGGGUUCGCGGGCGGGCAGGCCGAGUACCUCCGGGUCCCCCACGGCGACGUGAACCUCCUCCCGAUCCCGGACGGGGUCCCCGAUGAGAAGGCGUUGUACCUUUCUGACGUCGUCGCGACCAGCUGGCACUGUGUUGUGGAUACGGGUGUGAAUGAGGGCGACAUCGUGGCUGUCUGGGGUGGGGGGCCCAUUGGCCAGAUGGCGGUUGAGUUUGCGUUCUACCACAAGGCGAGCCGGGUCAUUCUCAUUGACGGCGGGGACGGCGGGUGGAGGCUGGAUUUCGUCAAGCAACGUGUUCCCAAAGUUGAGACGUUGGACUAUACCAAACUGAAGCGGGGCGAGUCGGUUUCGCGGCGGUUGCAGGAGAUGACGGAUCACAGUCUUGAUGUCUGUCUCGAGUGUGUGGGCGGCGAGUAUGCGAAAGGGUGGGCUCAUUUCUUAGAGCAGAUGGUAGGCGCAGAGACGGAUACGUCCGAGUUGUUGAAUGAGAUGAUUACGGCCGUCAGGCCGUUUGGGAGGAUUGGAAUCACGGGGGUUUAUGCUGGUUAUACAAACCACUUCAACAUCGGCGCCAUAAUGCAAACGGGCGUGCGCCUAAUCGGAAAUGGACAGGCGCCCGUGCAAAAAUACUGGCAGGGCCUGAUGGAGCUGAUUGAAAAGGGCGAGAUCGACCCGCUGCAUAUGGUCAGCCACCGGCUGAAGCUGGAGGAUAUCGACAAAGUGUAUGAAAUGUUUAAUGCGCGCAAAGGCGUCCAGAAGGUGUUUCUUGAGACGAGGCACUCGAAGCCGCCUGCACCCGAGUCGCCGGCUUUGACGACGUUGUAG